GACCGUGUUUCAGAGGUGAACACAAACCGCUCGCUGUCGAUAUUAUGAAGGGUGAAUUUAAUAAGCAGUUAUUUUAUCGGUAAUAACGUUAUUUGCGCGAUGUGGUGUGUUUGUGAAGUUUUAAUUUGAAGUAAUUUAGUGAAAUCAAUUGAAGGCCAGUAACCGCUCUAGUGCGCGCUCCUGUCACGCCGCCGUCACCAUGACGACCACGGGGCUGCGCAUCGGAGAUCAACUGGUGCUGGAGGAAGACUAUGAUGAGAACUACAUCCCUUCAGAGCAAGAGAUCCAUGAGUAUGCGGUGGAGAUCGGUAUCGACCCCGAGCGUGAGCCUGAGCUGCUGUGGCUGGCCAGAGAGGGGAUGGUGGCACCGCUGCCGACCGAGUGGAAACCAUGUCAGGACGUCAGCGGUGAGGUGUACUACUUUAACUUCUCCACCGGUCAGUCCACCUGGGAUCAUCCGUGUGAUGAACACUACAGACAGCUGGUGGAGCAGGAGCGCGAGCGCAACCAACACGCCACAGCCCCCAGCGCCCUGAAGAGAGACAAGGACAAGAAGAAGAAGAAGGACAAGAAAGACAAGAAGAAGGACAAGAGGAAAGAGCUGGAGGAAGUCAGAGCUCCAGGGGUGCUGGCUCCUCUCGCUCCUCUCCGUGCUCUCUCUGACGCUCCUGUCGCUCCUCUCAGAGGAUCUGGACUCCAGCCGCUCAAAACCUCUCUCAGGGCUGCUGCUGUCAGGAGCGUUCAGGAGGAGAGGAGCGCUGAGGAAGACGAGGAGAUCUCUGAGGAAGAGAGGCCGAGGGACUCAGCUGGACUCCUGCAGAACCUCCAUCUGGAUCUGGACGCUCUGGGAGCAGGACUGCAGUACGAGGACAGUGAGGUCAGUGUGACGGUUCCUCCUGAAGAAAGAACAGAACCUGAACUACAGGAUUUGGCCCUGUCCAGAGAUCACAGUCCAGAAGCUCCUUCAGAGGAGUCUGAGGAUGGAGGAGCAGCUGCGUCGCUCUCAUCCGCUGAUAAUGUACAGGCUGGUUUCCGCUCCAAACUCUCAGAGAAUGUGUUUGAUCUGCUGGAUCUGUCACCUGCAGUGGACAGGAAGGAAGUGAAGGGUGAAGCAGAUGUGGACCGCUGUGUGGACGUCUCUGAUUCUGCAGACCGACGUCUGCUUGAAAACGUGAUGUUAGCUGAGACGCCGCCGUCACGCUACGCUGCCUCCACAUCCGCCGAUGACAUCAUCAGCACCUCAUCACAUGACCAGAGACCUCCGCCCUCUCGCAGCAGAACCGACACCACUGACCGAGAGAAACGAGAACGAGAAGGGGACGAGAGGAAGAGACAAGAAGAGAUGGAGGAAGAGGAGAGGAAGAGACGAGAAGAGAGGGAGGAAGAGGAGAGGAAGAGACGGGAACGAGAGGGGGAUGAGAGGAAGAGACGAGAAGAAAGGGAGGGAGAGGAGAGGAAG